CUGUAAUCACUGUAAAUGUUUAUAUUUUUCCAUUUUCUGUUACAGCCAGUUCAACUGAAUGGUCGAAUUUUACCAGCCCCAAAUUUGAAAAUGAAAGAUACUGAAAUGAAAGAUACUAUUGUACAACCUAUAAAAGGGGUUUGGGAAGCUUGGAACAAGGUGUUCUUCCAAGGAGCUACUAUAAAAACCUGGGCUGUUGUAAACUAUGAUUUUUAUACAGGAGAGGAUGUAGUGAAGGACUUUCUGGUUAAUCUUAAGAGGAUGGCAAAAGAAAGAGGAAUGAUUAUGGAGGAACCUGUGAAGGUCAUGAAAGGAAGUGUGGUCAUGAAAGGAAGUGUACCAGAGAAAGAUUUUCCAAUGAUUAUGAAAGCUAAUAAGGGAAUGCAGAUGAUUCUUGUGAAUUUACCAUCCAAGAAAGGAGACAUAUAUGGUCGUGUCAAGAAGAUGGGGGACCGUGAAUUUGGUGUUGUAACGCAGUGCAUUUUAUCAAAGAACUCAAGGAACCCAAAGCCUGCAACAGUAAACAAUGUGCUUCUGAAAAUCAAUGCUAAAAUGGGAGGCGUGAAUAAUACACUUGGAAAUGAAAGCAGUACUUUUAUACUCACCAGUCCAGUGAUGAUAAUGGGAGCUGAUGUCAACCACCCACCAGCUGAUGAGAGGAAUGGGACUCCCUCUCUAGCUGCUGUUGUAGGAUCAAUGGAUUGCUUUGGCUCCAAUUAUGCAGUACAAGUGAGGCAGCAGCUUUCCUGCAGAGAAAUAAUACAAGAUCUGAAGGAAAUGACAAGGAACCUUCUUCUUGCUUUCUAUAGAAAAACUAAGAGGAAGCCAGAAAGACUCAUAAUGUAUCGUGAUGGUGUGAGUGAGUCUCAAUUUUACACAGUACUGGCAUAUGAGCUUAAUGCAAUGCGUGAUGCUUGCAAAUCAUUGCAAGGUGACUAUAAACCUGGCAUUACCUUCAUUGUUGUGCAGAAGAGGCAUCAUACCAGGUUGUUUUGUGAUAGCACAGAUGGAGUUGGCAAAUCCAGAAAUGUUCCUCCAGGCACCAUCGUCGACCAGGUUAUCACUCACCCAAGCGAAAUUGACUUUUACCUGUGUUCUCAUCAGGGAAUCCUUGGAACAAGCAAACCUACACAUUAUCGUGUUCUGUGGGAUGAUAAUGACAUGACGAUGGAUCAGCUGCAGUCAAUGUCAUAUGCCCUGUGUCAUAUCUACUUCCGCUGUACAAGAUCUGUGUCAAUCCCUGCACCAGCAUACUAUGCCCAUUUAGCAGCUUACAGGUGGGUUGAGAUGAGAGUGCUAGUUUCAUUGUUCCCCUUCCAUAUACAUAUAUACAUAUACAUAUUUACAUAUAAACAUAUAUACAUAUACACAUAUAUACAUAUACACAUAUAUAUGUAUAUAUAUAUAUACAUAUAUACAUAUGUAUAUAAAUAGAUAUAUAGAUAUAGA